AUGUCCAGCACGUCGCACUUUCAGCAACCUCCACCUUCCCUCCCACCGGCCAAUUCUACCCUCGGCUUUGGUGCUAUCCUUGCAGUAUCACACUCCAGCUCACCACGCCGACCCAGUCUACUAUGGGCUGCCAACCUAACAGAUAUCGAGAUUGUGAUCUUUCGGCAGAAGGAGUGGGGUGUGGGUGAUGUCGAGAAGCUGAAGACGAAGGAAGGUAGUAGUCUAAGCACUGGAAGUGCGAAAGCCUGGUUGGGACAUUUGGAGGUUUUGAGAUGGUUCCUCGCCUCAAGCCACGAGACAGCUCUGAUCAUCGAAGACGACACUGAUUUCGACAUCUUCAUCCGGCAAUCCCAGGUCCCACUCCUGGCAUCCGCUGUCCGCUCUUUGCUCGACACGAGUGCCACUGACAACUCGUCAUCAGCAUACUGGGCUUCCACCAAUAGCUGGGACCUCCUCUACCCCGGCCACUGCGACGACUUAAUCUCCACGGCCUACCUCUCCCAGCCUUCCUUCUGUACCGCGACCCCACCGUGCCGCCCACUCCCCUCCUUCACCCAGACACCGCUCUUUUUCUCUCCUCUCUAUCUAUACCAUCAAAAGCUCGGUUGCUACACAGAAGCUUUUGGCCGUUCUGCACAUUUGCCUACGCCGUGA